CUGUCCAGUGGUGGGCUAGCCAGUAACAGCUGGUAGCUAGAGGAACAGUAACACUGGUUUCAUUUAAUGUAUGGUGCCCUGGCAUAGUGGAGCUUUAGUCAAGGUGGCUGGCGUUAACUGUCCGUAUGUCAUACAUGUUAGGAAUUUUAAUUUUGUUCACUUCAUGGUUAAAACAAGUUCAAAUAGCAACAAUAUUUGUUAGCGGAGCGGCUAAUUUGGGAACACUGACUUCUACAGGCCAAAGACAAUCCAGCGGUUUUCCUGAUUUUCAAAGCGCCGUUGGAGACUCUGUUUGGGGCUGAAGUGCCACCCAUCAACCCGCCACUGUGAACCUGGAAGAGCAACGCCGCCUUGUGACUAGCAUCCAACAUGACAGAUGGCCACAUUCCUUGAACCUCAAGACUGAACGGCUGUCCCACACUGCCCCUCUCUCCCUGCCUCCCUCCACCCUCCUCUCUCUGUGGUGGAUAGUGAGGUCCAUUGUGUCAGUGAGAUGUUUAUUAAUGAGAGAGGCGCACACCGAGAGCAGAGCUGCUAUUGAAGGACUAAUCGCUAAUCUCUUCGUUAAUACGGUCAAUCUGUCUAUGUACUAACAGAAAUUUCUCAGAAGCCUCAAGACAGGGACAUACGAGUUGGCGUUCAGCAGGGACUCUUAGCGAAUUAGUGAGUUUGAUCGAGUGUGAAACUUUGCACAGAAGUUUGAGUUGGCUUUUCCGUUCAGGCUUUAAUGUAUGUGUGCACGUGUUUUUGGCGGCUGGGCAGUUGUGGAUGCAUGUGAGUGAGUUUAGCUUUUCCGCCAAGGAAUUGUUUAACUGAGUUUUGUAAUCCUACUUUUUAAAAGGUAAAACAUUUUUUUACCAAAGAAUUUGAGAUUUCUAGAGACUUCUAGUGUCUAAUGUUUUUGGGUUUGGUUAGGAGGUUUUCUGUGUCUGUGAAAGGAGUAGUGUGUGUUUGAGUGUGUGUGUGUGUUUUUGGGCUGUUGUGUGUUGUUUGCCUGCCAUGCCCUUGCCUGCGCCUGAUGUCCCGGCCUCUCAGAGGCUGGCACUGGACUGUCGUACCCUUCUGGAUCAUCGCAUUGGAAAGGGGGUUUGUGGUUGUUGCGGGGCUCUCAGGCCUCGGUACAAGAGACUGGUAGACAACAUCUUCCCAGAAGACCCAGAGGAUGGGCUGGUGAAGGCCAACAUGGAGAAGCUGACAUUCUACGCCCUGUCAGCUCCAGAGAAGCUCGACCGUAUCGGAGCCUACCUCUCUGAGAGAUUGUCAAGAGAUGUGGCCAGACACAGAUACGGGUAUGUGUGCAUUGCCAUGGAAGCCCUGGACCAGCUGCUGAUGGCCUGCCACUGUCAGAGCAUCAACCUGUUUGUGGAGAGUUUCCUCAAGAUGGUGCGCAAACUGCUGGAGUCAGACAAACCAAACCUGCAGAUCCUAGGAACCAACUCUUUUGUGAAGUUUGCCAACAUAGAAGAGGAUACACCGUCGUACCACCGCAGUUAUGACUUCUUUGUGUCGCGCUUCAGUGAGAUGUGCCACUCCAGCUACGAGGACCCUGACAUCCGCACCAAGAUCCGCAUGGCAGGUAUCAAGGGCCUGCAGGGUGUGGUGAGGAAGACUGUGAACGAUGAGCUGCAGGCCAACAUCUGGGACCCUCAGCACAUGGACAAGAUCGUCCCCUCUCUGCUUUUCAACCUGCAGAGUGGUGAGCGCACAGAAAGCCGCUCCCCCUCUCCGCUGCAGGCAUCGGAGAAGGAGAAGGAAAGCCCAGUGGAGCUGACAGAGCGCUGCUUCAGGGAGCUCCUGGGACGAGCUGCCUAUGGCAACAUCAAGAAUGCAGUCACACCCGUGCUGAUGCACUUAGAUAACCACUCUCUAUGGGAGGGGAAGACCUUUGCAGUGCGUUGCUUCAAAAUCAUCAUGUACUCCAUUCAGUCGCAGCACUCUCACUUGGUAAUCCAGCAGCUUCUCGGCCACCUGGAUGCCAACAGCAAGAAUUCAGCCACAGUGCGAGCUGGGAUAGUGGAAGUCUUGCUGGAGGCAGCUGCCAUCGCUGCCAGCGGCUCUGUAGGCCCCACAGUGUUGGAGGUGUUUAACACCCUGCUGCGGCAGCUCCGUCUGAGCGUGGACUACGAGUUGACUGGAUCCUACGAUGGCAGCACCAACAUCGGCACCAAGAUCAUCAAAGCACAUGAGGAGAGGCAGCUGCAGGAGGCUGUUAUCAGGACCAUCGGUUCAUUUGCCAACACUCUACCAACAUACCAGAGGUCAGAGGUCAUGCUCUUUAUCAUGGGCAAGAUCCCUGUCCCUGGGGUUCACCCGGCUCUGCCCUCCACAGGCUCUGGGCCUGAGGGUACCAGGAUGAUUCAGGUCAUGUUGCUUAAGUCCUUGGUGCAGGUGACUGCAGGUUUCCAGACCACCAACAUGCUGACAGCGCUGCCCAGCUCUUUCCUGGAGCCGCUGCUGUCCUUCUCCCUAACAGAGGAUCCAGAGGUUCGGCUGCUGGUGCUCCAAAUCCUUCUCAGUCUCAUCGACAGGCACGAAAACACGCCCAAGUUCUCAAACAUAAGCAUCAUCUCUGACAUCUCUGUGCUUAAGCUCAAAGUCGAUAAGUGUUCCAGACAGGACAACUUAUUCAUGAAAAAGCAUAGCCAGCAGCUGUACCGACACAUCUAUCUGGGCUGUAAGGAGCAGAGCAGCGGUCGGCAGCACUACGAGACCCUCUUCGCUCUGUUGGGUCUUCUCAGUGUGGAGCUGGCCAACGAAGAAGUGGUGGUGGACCUCAUUCGCCUGGCACUCGCCUUGCAGGACUUGGCUCUGUCCACAGAUGAGGCUCUACCUGUUUAUAACCGCUGUGCUGUUCAUGCCCUCGCCGCCGCCUACCUCAACCUCAUCUGCCAGCUCACCACCGUCCCAGCCUUCUGCCAGCACAUACACGAGGUAAUUGAGGUGAGACAGAAAGAAAGUCCCCACCUUUUGCCCGAGGAUGUUUUCAUUGAUAAUCCCAAGCUGCCCUCUUCACUGGAGAAGGUAGAAGGAAAUGUUUUGUUCCUCCAGUCAAAGAUCACCGAGGUGCUUGGAGGCAGUGGAUAUAACACAGAGAGACUUGCUACGCCUUAUGUCCCCCAGUAUACUGAUGAGGAUCGUCUCUCCAAGAGAAAGAGUAUUGGGGAGACAAUCUCACUGCAGGUGGAGGUGGAGUCCCGCAACAGUCCAGAGAAAGAGGAGAGGACACCAGCAGAGGAGAUCACAUUUGAAACCCUGAAAAAUGCCAUUGUGGACAGUGUGGGUAUGGAGGAGCAGGAGAGGGAGCGGAGGAGACAAGUGGUGGAGAAGUUUCAGAAGGCCCCGUUCGAGGAGAUAGCUGCCCACUGUGGCGCCAGGGCCACACUACUGCAGAGCAAACUAAAUCAGAUAUUUGAGAUUACAAUCCGACCCCCGCCCAGCCCUUCUGGAACCAUUUCGUCGGGUUAUGGCCAAAGCCAGAGUCGAUCCGUACCCAUCUAUGAGAUGAAGUUUCCUGACCUCUGUGUGUACUAGUUCAGGUUACAGAACUAAGAGAAACCCACAGUUGUUUGAAGCCAACUAAAGAAGUCUCACUUCUUGAUAAACUUAGCUGUCUGACAUGACAAUUCUUUUACCCUGUGAUGUCAGCCAAAGCAAGUGGGCUACUGUCAGUAAAACAAACAUUUAAUUUCUCCUUAGAUGUCUGUUGAAACUCCACUGGUUGGAAUUUCAAAUUACAAAUUGCUAAGAACUGCGAGGACAAAUUCAGUGACAGACUGAAAGUUAUUUAAUUGGAUUUAGAAUGAAUUGACUCGUUGCAUGUCCUGUAACUGGACAUACUUGAUGCAGUUCUUAGACAUUCUUUUGACCUGUUUGUCCCCCACGGGGUGCCAUACUACCCUUGAUCACAAAAUUUAAUUGACUGAUCUUGCUAAUUUCCCAUGUGAUUUUAUAUUUUUUUAUUUGUUUUAUUGUUUGUUGAUUUUAUGGCCAGGAAGAGCGAAUGUGAAUUAUAUGCAUUUUAAUUUACUUGACAGUGUAUUUUUGUGUUAUGUUUGAUUGAAAUAUGGAGAUAUGUAUACAAAGCCAUUCAUUCCCAUCACCCAUGUUACUCAGCUCUUGAACAUCUCAUCUUCUGUGUUUUAAUGAUUUACCUUUUUUUUCUUUUUGGUGUUAGCCAAAAGUGUGUUUUCAGUCAUGAUGGGCAUUUAUUUACUACACCUAGUUUUUUUUCUCAAUUAUAAUUUCGAUUUUAGCCGUGGUUUAAAUGAAAGAUAACUUGUCGAUCUGUUUGCUAUCCUUCCAAAGUGAGUGUGCCUUAAAGGCGACUCAAGAUUAAACAUACACAAUAACACUAAACUUCUGAAGAUCUGAAGUGUUUAGCAUAAUGUUUACCAGAUCAAACACUAGAAUAUAAUGAAGGAUCUUUUAUUUUUCUCCUUUCCAUAUAAAUGUGUAUAUACAGAGAAAUAUAUAAAUCUUUAAGCAGAUGUAUAAAGUAGGGGUGUUUUUGUUUGUGUGUGUAUAUAUACAAUGUAUAUUAAUUAAAAUUUUAGACUGCCACUGCACUGACUGUGUCCAUAGAUAAGGGAGAAUGCUACUUAGUUAGUAUUCAGAUUAAUUUGUUAGAAUUGUGCUGUCAAAUAAGUAACAAGCAACACAUGAAAUCAAAAAGGUGUAUUGACAAUGUCUGAACUGUCCACAGUAGAAAUCAGCAUCAUCUCGAGGCCAGUAAAUCACACUAGUGAAGUCUGAAUGUGUCCUGCUAAAGACUUAAUGAGCCCAUCUGAUGAAUAGGUUUGAGAAAUUACUUUCAACUUCAUUUCUAGCCACAGAUUUUAGCACCACAGUCAUGACCUGCAUUGUUGACAUUUCACCCUCACUCCUGCUGGAAUGAGUUUGCACUCUGUUUUUACACCAUGCUGCUGCUGCUGCAGCCUCCAAGCAGCGUAUUGGUCUCAUUCAGCAAGAUUGAAAGAAGUCUAAAAGCCAUUUUGUGUGCAUGUGUGCACAUAUAUACAAACACACACACACACACAGGUAUAAGUAUAAUGGCAAUAAUUUGGCACUAGCCUCGCUAACACGGCCCAACCGUUGGUAGCACAUCCUUUUUGUGUGUUUUUAAAUUGUACCUUCUGUUGGUGUGGUGCUGUGAUUGCUUAGUUUUGUGACGUGAGAGUUGCUGCGCUUCUGUGAAUUUAACUGCAUCGGGCGUGAAACGUGUUGCAGCCACCAUCUUGUUUAAUGUAAAGGACAGUGUCCGGUUUAUCCCUGAUUGUCAUGUGUUACAGCCCAGUUGGUUGCUUUAUAUUGUAUGUAUAUUUAUGUCCACACAUGCCAGUGUAUCAUCAUGUUUGUUCAUGUUUACCCUUUUUGUCUGUGCAGGUGCGUGAGUGUAUUCAUUCAUGUGUCUAUAUGAACAUUCAUGCAGAUGUGUGUGUGUCUUUAUCGUCAUUUACCAAGACCAAUCUCUUCAAACAGUUUACAGAUUUUGUGCAGUGACUCUUUCCACCACGUUUAUAAAGAGCUAUCUAAGAGCAAUGUGCAGCUGUCGAAAACUUCCAGUGACACCUUAUAAAAUUGUCUUUUCAGCAUCUUGCAACUUUGCGGUGAAGACCUGUAAAACUACCAGUGUGCUUGUUGUCAUUGCAUCGUGUAAUAUUAACUGACGGUAAUCCAAUCUUACUUUUGUCAUUACAUGUCUGAUUUAAUAGAUCUGUUUACAAUGUAGUGCUGUAGGUCAAAUCUAUUCAUUCUGUGAACUUUGCACUUUACAAACUGGAUUACCUAGUGACAAAGGCAGCUUUUACAUGGAGAAAAUGCCUUAUGAGUGUCAUACCGGACUUUGCAUGCUAGUGAUGUUGUAUUGUACAAUAAAUUUGUCAGUAACCAUAAAAGG